AUGCUAGCGGAAUACGAUAACGAGUUAUCUCAGCAACGUUUGGCUCCCGCAUUUAAUUCGCAAACACUUUCUGCACCGACAGAUGAUGGUAAUGAUGCACCACAUGUUGAUGGUGCACUAUAUGUUUCCGCUUGUACCACCAAAAUGGAUACCAUUCGGUUUAUUCAUAAAUGGAGUAUCGCGCAAUUUUCAGUGCAGCAAGAAUUAUCAGCACCUGGUGAAUUUAUCGAGUCUAACAUCUUUGGUUCGGCAGAUCACAACUAUCGAUUUCGAUUGAAACUAUUUCCUUGUGGUAAAGAUGAAGAAUGUCGGGGAUAUCUCUCUUUGUUUUUACAAAUUUUUAAAUGUCCUGCUUCGAAGCUUCGUUUCCGAGUAAAUUUCUAUAUUGAAGCAGCAGAUGGCCCACGAGGAUGUGCUUUAAAUAAAAAUGUUGUGACCAUCAAUCGUGGUGGGAUUGUGACCGCAUCUAAAUUUUUCUCCACUGAAACUUUGAGGAGUCGACUUGCAAAAUUUUUACCAGAAGAUAUUCUAACUGUUGGUGUUGAACUCACUGUAUAUGGAGAUCAGAGUAGCAUUGAGAUAGAAUUGGAUGCUGAUGUGAUUUAUGGAACCGCAAGUACUACUACAUCCAAUAAUUCUAUGGUUAUGAGUGGUGAUGUAAAAACACACCGUGGUUCCGCAAUUUUAGGCCAUGAUUUUGGACAGUUGUUAGUUAGUGGCGAUUUUUCGGACUUUGCUCUUAAAGUGGGUGGAUGCUCUUUCAAGUGUCACAAAGCGAUUCUUUCAGCGCGAUCACCUUUUUUCCAGGCUAUGUUUCGUGAUGAAAAUAAUCAGGAAAACACGAAAGGAGAGGUAAAUUUAGAAGAUAUAACUCCUGAAACAAUGGAAUCUGUUUUGGAAUAUAUCUACAGAGAUACCUGUUCAGAGUUACAAAAAAGGGCAUUGGAGAUCUUAGCUGCUGCAGAUCGCUUCUGUCUAGAUUCUUUGAAAAACUUGUGUCAGGAAGCGCUAGCAAAAGACUUGUCGCCAAACAAUAUUUGCGAACGACUUCGAGUGGCUGAUCUUUAUAGCGCGUCUUUCUUGAAAGCAAAAGUCGUGAACUUUUUAAAUAAGCAUCGCCACUACAUAGUUGAUAAUGAGGAGUGGAUUGCUCUAGAAAAAGAUUGUCCGUAUUUGGCAGCAACGGUUACUCGUCAUUUAUUAACCUCUCAUAUUACUAGCAGCACGUUUUCACGUUCUCUCAAUGUGAAUAAUUCAAAUCACGAUAUGAUACCAAGCAAGAAACCACGAUACGAUUGA